AUGUUAAAGGCGUGAUCGAGGCUCAAAAUUUUAUGCAUCUUGUUGUAUCUACGGCAUUUUUCUAAAAAUAUACCACAGUAUUUGAAUAAGAUAAAACGAACAGGAAGGUCAGCUUAAAAAUGGGAAGAUUUGGCAUGUGUGGAAGGUUGAUUUUCGACUCGUUAUUUUCACAAACGGCUAACAGGGGUUGCAUCAUAGUACCGCACAAUGCAAAAACACAAAUUCGACUUAACCGGCUUUUCAACACCACUUCUCUCAAUAGAAAUGUGGAGCCCCCUAAGAUGAACAAACCCAAGGCAAAGGGAAUAAUCACGUGGAAAACCCUCGGGAUCACAACAGUAGUCGGAGGAGGAUUGCUUGCCUUCAUGUUGUACGUCAAACGAGAGAAAGAACUUGCCAUAGCAAGAGAGAGGAAGCGCGCGCUUGGCAAGAUCUCCAUUGGUGGAAAGUUUAAGCUGAAGGAUUGCAAGGGCAGAAUUCGCAGUUCGGACGACUUCCUUGGCCAGUGGUGCCUCAUUUACUUUGGCUUCACCCACUGCCCAGACAUUUGCCCUGAUGAAAUUGAGAAAAUGGUUGAAAUUGUCAACAAGCUUGACAAGGACAACAAAUUAAAGGUGCAGCCAAUUUUCAUCUCUGUUGAUCCCGAAAGAGACACACCUGAGGUUGUUGGAAAGUACACUGCCGAGUUCUCGCCACGGCUCUUGGGACUCACGGGCAACCGAGUGGAGAUUGAUGAAGUUUGCAAGGCGUACCGUGUGUAUUCAAGUGCCGGUCCCAGAGAUCAAGAGAAUGAUUAUAUCGUGGACCACACGAUUAUCAUGUACUUAGUGAACCCUGAUGGGGAAUUUGUGGACUACUUUGGUCAGAACAGAAAUGUUGAAGAAAUAUUCAACAGCGUCAAGAUCCACGCGACCAAGUACGAUAGGAUGAAUAAUCCAGGCUGGUUCUGAUCAUCUGCUAGCAUUUAUUUGUAUCAAAAUUGAAAAAUAUAGACUGCUUAAAUUUGCCUGAAA